AAACAUCUCUUAGGCGUAGGCCCAAGCCCAAUAUUUCAGAUAUCCUAUAAGCAUCUAAAACAACGUGGCAUAUGACACAUUCUCCCAUCGAAAGCAUUGUCACGCGUCCUUCCCGGAGGAAGUAGAAGAGUCCUCGCCGGUAGCCGGAGAUAUUCACUCCAAAAAUUCCUUACCUUUUCAUGCUCUAAACAAUCAUCUGUGGUCAGAUCUCUUCCCAACCAUGGUUAGUUGAAUGGCUGAUGGUUGCUUCUGUUGUUGUUGUUUUACGGUGAAAUUGUACAUGAGAAGAAGGGGUAAAAGAGAGGGGUAUGGUAGAUGGAGUGCAACAAAGAUGAUGCUUUGAGGGCUAAAGAAAUUGCAGAAAGGAAAUUCUUGGCUAAGGAUUUUUUGGGGGCGAAAAAGUUUGCUUUAAAGGCCCAGAAUCUGAAUCCUGGACUUGAAGGCAUUAGUCAAAUGUUGGCAACACUCGGUGUUCAUAUUGCUGCUGAGAGCAAAGUUAAUGGUGAAGGAAAUUUUUAUGGAAUCCUUGGUGUUAGUCCAAAAGCUGAUGAUGAGGCUAUAAGGAAACAGUAUAGGAAACUGGCCCUCAUGCUUCAUCCUGAUAAGAACAAGUCCAUAGGCGCCGAAGCUGCGUUUAAGCAUGUGUCCGAAGCAUGGAGCUUGUUGUCUGAUAAGAACAAGAAAACGGUGUAUGACAAUAAAAAUGUGAAUGCCUUGCAGCAGAGAGUUCGGGCUGAAAAUGUGGAUUCUCCUCAACAUUCCACACAGAAUGGUUUUCAAAAAUUUGCAAAGAAUGCUGCUUCACGAGCGAGGCCUCCAAAGAGUAGUACCAAUAAAAAGAGUUCUUCAUCAGGAACAAAGGAGCGUGGUACCUUUUGGACUGUUUGCUAUCGGUGCAAGAUGCAGUAUGAGUAUAUGCGGAUGUACCUUAACCAUAAUCUGCUGUGUCCUAAUUGUCACGAGGCCUUCUUUGCUGUCGAAACAAGACCACCAUCCAAUGGCUCAAAGAAGUCUACCGAGUGGGAUUAUUCUCAGCAGCAAGAAAAUACAUACCACCAGGGAACGAGAAAGGGUGCACCAACUACAGGAAGAAACAGUUCAAGCGCUCCAAAUUCUGAGUCUUAUGUUGUCAAUAACACUGAUUCACCUGAUCACAAUAACUUCCAGUGGAUCCCAUUUUCUAAAACCGCUGGUCAUGCAUCUGCUGUACAAGCAGCUAAUAUGGUACAACAAGCAUAUCAGAAAGUAAAACGAGAGCGUCAAGAAGCACAGACGGCGACGAAAAGAGAGGAGGCGUUGAAAAGGAACAAUCAUUCGUCCAAACGACCAAGUGCAGCUAUAUCAGCUGGACAGUUUAAUGCUCUCAAGAGGAAAAAAGGCAUAAAUGACCCCAGUACAAGUAGGCUCAGGCAUAGCUGGGAAUCUGCUGGAGGCAGCACAGCAAGUCCAGCUGAAGUUGAACGGGGUAAUAGAGAAAGGGUUAAGCUGAAUGUUGCUAACCAUUUGAGUAAUGAAAGGGAGGAAUCCUACAAUGAUGUCAAACAUUUGCUGAUGGAGAAGGCCAAGAAGGAAAUAUUGAAAAACCUAAGCGAACGGGGCUCAGCUACUUCAACUACAUCUGUGUCUUCAAGGGAGGUAAUUUUAACCAAGGAAGCCAAGGAGAGAAAAAAUGAAGAAAAUCAUGUCUCUGAAUUUGAUGUCAAAGAAGAUCAUGAUGCAGCUUGUGAACAAUUUACAACUGAAACCAAAAUCUUUGCAAAGAGGUCUAGUUCUGAAACUUUUAAUAACUACUUAGAUAACGAACCUGCUGGGUGUAUGUCGAUAGAUGUUCCAGAUUCAGAUUUCCACAAUUUUGAUAGUGAUCGAAUAGAAAGUUGUUUUGGACCUAACCAGGUCUGGGCUGCAUAUGAUGACAGUGAUGGGAUGCCUCGAUAUUAUGCCAUGAUUCUCAAGGUGAUUUCUCUAAAUCCUUUCAAAGCCAGAAUUAGUUGGUUAAAUUCAAAUAACAGUGGAACAGGUUCGCUAAACUCUGUAAAUUCUGGUGCUCCUCAAACAUGUGGAGAUUUCAGAGGAGGCAGGCAUGAAAUGAGAACCUCUGUUAACUGCUUCUCACACAAGGUCAGAUGGACAAAAGGUCCUGGCGAUACAAUUCAAGUAUUUCCUAGAAAGGGGGAAGUUUGGGCUUUAUAUAGAAAUUGGUCUCCAGAAUGGAAUGAAUUCACAGAGGAUGAUGUAAUACAAAAAUAUGAUUUGAUUGAAGUGCUUGAAGAUUUUAAUGAGGAAGUUGUGGUAGUUACUCCUCUCGUCAAAGUUGCUGGCUUCAAGUCGGUGUUCCACAAGCAUUUGAACCCCAGGGAAAUAAGAAAAAUUCCUAGGGAAGAAAUAUUCCGAUUUUCUCAUGAGAUUUCGUCGUUCUUGCUUACCGGAAAAGAAGGCCCAAACGCUCCCAAGGGUUUUCGAGAGUUGGAUCCAGCAGCUAUGCCUGGUGAACUUCUUGAAGUAAUACAAGACGAAGAAGAAAUUGAAUGCAUGGAUCCCGAAGGAAGCAGGGAAGAUAAUGCAAUUGGUGGUACAGAAGCCAGGAGUAGCAAUUUGAUGGAAGAAACUUACAGCUCCAUAGAAGAUAAAGAAGUUAUAAUAUUAGAUUCCUGAUAUACUAGGAUAUUGUUAUAUAGCACUCGUCAACUUCUUAAAGCAAAUGGUUGAUGAGAGAUAUCUUAGUGCCGCUUUUGCAUGCGUUCACUCCCUGUUGAGAUUCUACUUUUGCUUGAUAUAUCUGCGAACACCUACAAUUCAAAGCAGAAUUUGACUACUAUUCAAAGGUAGACAUGAUUCUUGAUAUUUCAAGCUCUAAGGGGCACAGAAGAUUAGGAUGUAACUAAUAUUUAUUAGGAUCUUCUUAUUUCAUGUAUAAAUGAGAUGAGGUUUUGUAUGCUCACAUGACAAGCUGAUUUAUGGUUCUUUUCAAAAGCUUA